AUUGGUAAUGAUGAGUUUUUUACUGUAAGAUUCUCUGAUGAUGAUAGUGAUGUGAUUGGUAAUGAUGAGUUUUUUACUGUUAGAUUCUCUGAUGAUGAUGGUGAUAUUGGUAAUGAUGAGCUUUUUAAUGUAAGAUUCUCUGAUGCUGAUAGUGAUAUUGGUAAUGAUGAGCUUUUUAAUAUUGGUAGUGAUGAGUUUUUUACUGUAAGAUUCUCUGAUGAUGAUGGUGAUAUUGAUAAUGAUGAGCUUUUUAAUAUUGGUAAUGAUGAGUUUUUUACUGUGAGAUUCUCUGAUGAUGAUAGUGAUGUAGUGGUUAUUGCUGCUCUUCAAAACCAGACUCUCAG